UGAGUAAUUAUGGGGAGGAGAUCGAGAAAUCACAAUAUAAAAAUCCUACCUGCUCAGAUGGUCUACAGUCAUUUUGUGGCAACCCAGUGAGUAUGAAUCUUCUUAAACUUCUCAAUCUUUAUACAGACUAAAAAAGUUAGUACAGCUACUGAACUUUGCAUUUGAGUGACUUUGCUAAUCAUCCUGCAGAUUUGUACAAGAUGAAGUUUUCAGGUGUCCUGUUUGUCAUCGCAGUCUCUGUGGCAUUCGCCAGUAAGUUUAUUCUUUUCCUUUGAGUCUUAAGCAUGCACAGUUUUGAUUUAAUGUUGAUCUAAUCUCAUGUUUAGGUUUUGAGACUUUCAUUGACUAAAAACGUGAUGGUUGAAUUCAGAGGUGACGAAGAAAUUCAUGGCACACACCUUUAUCACAGUUGGGUCAUUUUUCAUGUUUAUUGCCAAAAAAUAAAUCUGUGUAUUCAGUUGUUGAAAUGUACAGGUCCAUAAAGGUCGAUCCCUGAACACAUCUGUUCUUAUUUCUGGUACCGUGAGAUAUAUAGUAAUGACUCUCACAUACAAUACCCAAUUUGUUCAACAUUUGAAAAAAUUCUGUGAUAAUUCCAAACUGAACUCAAGUUCAUAAACUGUGCAUUUUUGCAAAAGUUACUGUGCAACCUAUUGGACGCAGCUCCUAAUAGGCCAUCAUAAACAUUUCUGGUGGUAUAAGCCCCACCAACUGGCUAGAUGCAGUACUACAAUGUUUACUCAGUGCUUUUAUCUGCAUAUUUCAAUAGGUACAUUCGCAAUAAUCGUCUUAAUUUAUCUUUUUCUCACAUAUAUUUAGCUCAUCGCAGUUGUAACACUAAAAGGAAUGGUUACAGUAAAGGAAGAUCCCAUUGCUCAUCCAUUGCAUCAGGCCCUAACAUGUGUUGCCUGCAGCUUUAUUUUUUAUUUUUUCUGUCUAUUACAAAAGUGAAUUUUAUGUAAUUUUGGUUCUUUUUUUUGGGGGGGGGGGAUUACAAAAAAUCACAAGUGCAAUAAAGCAAAUUUCAGAACCACUGUAACAUUUUCUUUUUCCAGGGGGUACUUCCAGGAAGACCUUGGUGUUCCCCACCCAGACUAAUACCAGUUAUGUUGUGAUGGAUGCUAAGACAAAUCUGAACCUGAAAGCUUUCACUCUGUGCAUGAGGGCAGCCACAGAGCUCGUCGGUCGUCGUGAGGUCUCCCUCUUUUCAUUCAGGAGCGUGGACCAUGAUGAGCUGAGUGUGUGGCGUGAGAAGGACGGCAGGUAGACAUGUACUACUACAAAGUCUUCCACAGACUUUUUUGAAGGCAAAAUUUUGUAUUUGUGCAGAAAGCAAUGUACAUAUAAUUUGACAGCUUUAUCUAGUUUACUUUUCUUCCUCUUCUGCUGAGGUUUUGUUUACGUACAGCUUCCUUCAGUGCGUUUAUAUUAUUCAACUAGGGCACUUUGGGUCAGAUCGUGAUGUAUAUAUGUAGACAUCAUUGAAGUUUGUUAGUCCAACUACCAAAAAUUUGACUUCCUGGUUUAUAAAAGUCCAGUUUUGAUUAAAAUCAAGUGAAAAAUUUAUUCACUUAUUAAAAUAUCCCAGUUAGACAGACACUUAAGAAAAAAAAAGCAUAACAUUUUUUUCUUUUUCACUUAUUGGGCUUAUCAAAGAAUUCAAAGUUUUUAUAUUUUCAGUUUUGUAAAUUUAUCGGUUUCAGAGGUUAAAUACCGAGUGUUCAGUAAUGGUGAUCUUAUUAUUUAAAAUAAUUGAUUAUCAUUUUUACCAUUAGCAGCCCCAGUAUCAACUCCUUUUUUAAAAGUGACAACAGGGACAUUUGGUUCAGAAGAGCCCUCAUGAUUAAAAAAUUGUGACAUUUUAAGUAAUAGUUAAUAGUAAAACCUAUUAAUCCGUGUUUCCUUUGUAUACAGUGGUUAUUUCUUCAUCUUCUCUAUCUUUUUUUGUAUCAGUUAACACUCUGAUGUUCUGUUAUACAAGCAUGAAUAAUAUAUAUUCACAUGUUUUUGUCUAGUUUGUCCCUCUACCUGCAGAGCAGUUCAGAACACGUACGUUUCGACGUCCCUGAGCUCAACUCCUUGAUGAGCCACGUGUGUGUGACAUGGGAUUCCAUCACCGGUGCAACAAGCUUCUUCGUGGACGGGAACAAAAGUUUGACCAAAAUCUACAAGAGGGCUUUCACUGUGCAAGCUGAAGGACAGGCCCUCCUUGGACAAGAUGCAGACAGUUUUUUGGGUGAUUUUGAUGCGUGUCAGAGCUUCGUUGGGUCACUCUCUGAUGUGGACAUGUGGGACUCUGUCCUCUCUGACAGCGCAAUUCAAAAGGAGUAUUCUCGGCAGGGAGAUGUGAAGGCAAAUGUUUAUAACUGGGAAACUGCACAGCUUAUAGUUAACGGGAAUACUCAUGUCAUAAACAUGGAGGUGUAGUCAUGAUGCAAAAACAUGACAGGCAAGAAGGUCAAGAUAAAGCUCUGCAAUGUAUAGUCAGCCAAAAUAACAUCUGUAUAACAUCCAUGUGUGAAUCAUUCAUGAUGGUUGACCAGCGCACAAUGUCUUUCUUGACACUUCAAUAAAUAUUUUUGCCAACAA